AUGGCUGAAACGGGCCCGGCCAUCGAGCACUUCCGCUCCAACCAAUGGGCCAACAACCUCAUCUCCUCCGAAGACUACACCCCCAUCCCAACAGACUCCCGCCGCUUCAAGCCCUCCUCCGGCGAAGAUGGCUUCUUCGCCCGCACUCUGGCAACGCCCACCACGAUACCACACGUGCUGACUCUCCAACGGCGCAACAUCGCUCCGCCGCAUUCUGAACCGCCCACCUGGCUCCCCGCAACCAAGCAAGAUGCCGCGAAUGGAAAGCCGACACCCAGCGCAACUCCAGCGGACAUCAUUAUGAUCUAUGACCUCGCCAGUCCCGGUCUUUCGGGGCACCCGUCCACCGUGCAUGGCGGCAUCGUCGCGACCCUCAUCGACGAGGCAAUGUCUCUCGCCGUUGCGGCUCAUACCUCGACGUCGGGUUCCGCCACUUCGGAUGAUAAUCCCCGCGGGAGUAUCUUUACCAUGCAGCUGGAUGUGCGGUACCGUAAGCGCGUGACUAACCCCGCGUUGCUGGUCAUUAGGUCAAAGGUUAUUGGGCGCGUUGGGAGGAAGUUCUGGGUUAGGGCGCAGGCGCUGCAGGAGGAUGAGGAGGGUGCCGGUGGACAUCUUGAGUGGGUGAAGAGGAAGGUUGUUAAGGCCGAUGCUAUGGCUUUCUGGGUUGUCACGCCUGAUGAGAAGCUGUGA